GAGACAGCUGCUUUGAGAGAAUGCAGAAGCAGGGAGCAGCCAGAAAUUCCUCCUGGCACAAAGUGCCCGGGGGAGGAGUCCACUUUGCUAAGUAUUGUCAUUUGCUGAAAGAAGGUGUGUGCUCAAGGAGUUUUUAACCUGGAAGAUCAUUAACUCUUUCAUUCAGCGGUCCGGAGGAGGCUCUGGAGUUGGGUCUGCAAGCGUCUGUACACAAGGGCCAGGAAGCAGGAGUGGAGUGCAUUUCCAUGGGGGAUCACCUUGAGAAGAGCCAGCAUGCUUUACUCAACGAAGGGGACGAGAAUGAGAUGGAAAUAUUUGGCUAUCGGACUCAAGGCUGUCGAAAGGUGCUUUGUCUCAUUGGGUCUAUCUUGUCUCUUGGAAUGCUCCCAUUGGUAUUUUAUUGGAGACCAGCUUGGCGUGUAUGGGCAAACUGUGUCCCGUGUUCUCUGCAAGAUGCAGACAUUGUGUUGCUGAAGACAACAGAUGAAUUCAAAAUGUAUUCUUGGAAAAGGGUAAUAUGGAUCUCCCUGUCAGCAUUGAGCAGCACGUCUGGUCUCUCUCCUGACCACCCUCUCAUUACAGAUGAGGAGUGUAUCAUAAACAGAGCCAUUCGAAAGCCAGAUCUAAAGGUGAGAUAUAUAAAAGUGCAGAAAAUACGAUAUGUUUGGAAUAAUUUAGAAGGACAGUUUCAAAAAAUUGGCUCCCUGGAAGACUGGCUCAGUUCUGCAAAGAUACAUCAGAAAUUCGGAUUAGGUCUGACUUCAGAGGAACAGGAGAUCAGGAGGUUAAUAUGUGGGCCUAAUGCUAUUGAUGUUGAAAUCACACCUAUUUGGAAACUGCUCAUCAAGGAGGUUCUAAAUCCAUUUUACAUCUUUCAACUCUUCAGCGUCUGUUUGUGGUUCAGUGAAGAUUACAAGGAAUAUGCUCUUGCCAUCAUCCUCAUGUCUGUUAUUUCCAUAGCUUUGACGGUGUAUGAUCUCAGACAGCAAUCUGUAAAACUGCACCAUCUUGUUGAAUCCCAUAAUAGCAUUACAGUCUCUGUGUGUGAGCGAAAAGCUGGAGCCCAAGACCUGGAAUCCCGCCUCCUGGUGCCUGGAGAUUUAUUAAUUCUGACAGGGAGCAGAGUGCAAAUGCCAUGUGAUGCCAUUCUGAUUGAUGGUAGCUGUGUAGUAGAUGAAGGCAUGCUGACAGGAGAAAGCAUUCCUGUCACUAAAACUCCACUAUCUGAGACGGCAAGCUCUGCACCCUGGAAGAUGCAGUCUGAAGCAGAUCCCAGGCGACAUGUUCUCUUCUGUGGUACAGAGGUCAUCCAGGCCAAGGCAGCUGGCUCUGGGACUGUGAGAGCUGUAGUCCUGCAGACAGGAUUCAACACUGCAAAGGGGGAUCUUGUGAGAUCCAUCCUGUACCCCAAGCCCAUGAACUUCAAGCUAUACAGGGAUGCCAUCAGGUUCCUCCUAUGCCUUGUAGGGACGGCCACCAUUGGCAUGAUCUAUACUCUAUGUGUCUAUGUGCUCAGUAAGGAACCCCCCGAGGAGGUGGUGAGGAAAGCACUGGAUGUUAUCACCAUUGCAGUGCCUCCCGCUCUCCCUGCUGCCCUGACCACAGGCAUCAUCUAUGCCCAGAGGAGGCUGAAAAAGAAGGGCAUAUUCUGCAUUAGCCCCCAGAGGAUUAAUGUUUGUGGACAAUUAAACCUUGUCUGUUUUGACAAGACAGGCACCUUAACAAGGGGAGGCUUGGAUCCUUGGGGAGUUGUACCCUGUGACCAGAGUGGAUUUCAGGCAGUCCACAGCUUUGCCUCAGGCAAAGCUCUGCCCCAGGGUCCACUGUGUGCUGCCAUGGCCAGCUGCCACUCUCUGAUUCUUCUUGAUGGGACCAUCCAGGGAGACCCUCUAGACCUGAAAAUGUUUGAAGCCACCAAAUGGGAAAUGACUGUUUCUGGGAAAGAUUUUCACAUCAAGGAAACGCUGGCACAAACCACGGUAGUGAAGCCUCCAGACACAGUGGGCCAGGUCCCAGCGGAAGGACUCGCAAUCGUCCAUCAGUUCCCAUUCUCAUCAGCACUGCAGAGGAUGACGGUCAUCGUUCAGGAGAUGGGAGGUGGCCGACUGGCGUUCAUGAAAGGUGCACCGGAGAGAGUGGCCAGUUUUUGCCAACCUGACACAGUACCAACUACUUUUAUUAGUGAACUUCAGAUUUACACGACACAGGGUUUCCGGGUCAUAGCUCUGGCCUACAAGAAGCUGGAAGUAGACUGCCCCACAGCUACCUUGAUGAGGGAGAAGGUGGAAUCAGACCUGAUAUUUCUGGGAUUGCUGAUCUUGGAGAAUCGAUUGAAGGAAGAGACAAAACCUGUGUUGGAAGAGCUCACCUCUGCCCGGAUACGGACUGUAAUGAUCACAGGUGAUAAUCUUCAGACUGCAAUAACAGUGGCCCGGAAGUCUGGAAUGGUUUCUGAAGGCCAGAAAGUCAUUCUUGUUGAGGCGAAUGAAGCCACUGGUUCUUCAUCAGCAUCUCUCUCUUGGAAAUUAGUGGAAGAGAAGAAACAUGGUCUAUUUGGGAGUCAGGACACCUAUAUCAACAUCAGAGAAGAAGUCCCAGAAAAUGGCAGAGAAGGUAAUUACCAUUUUGCCCUGAGUGGAAAAUCCUUCCAUGUUAUAAGCCAACAUUUCAGCAGCUUAUUGCCAAAGAUACUAAUCAAUGGGACCAUCUUUGCAAGAAUGUCUCCUGGGCAAAAGUCAAACCUGGUGGAAGAAUUCCAGAAACUGGACUACUUUGUAGGUAUGUGUGGAGAUGGCGCCAAUGACUGUGGGGCUCUGAAGAUGGCUCAUGUUGGCAUCUCUUUAUCAGAGCAGGAGGCAUCGGUGGCCUCUCCUUUCACUUCCAAAACUCCAAACAUCGAAUGCGUGCCGCAUCUCAUCAAGGAAGGCCGCGCAGCUCUCGUUACGUCCUUUUGCAUGUUUAAGUACAUGGCCCUGUACAGCAUGAUUCAGUAUGUUGGUGUUCUGCUGCUCUACUGGAAGACAAACAGCCUCUCAAAUUACCAGUUUCUAUUCCAGGAUCUGGCCAUCACGACUCUUAUUGGUGUAACAAUGAAUCUGAAUGGUGCCAACCCAAAGCUCGUGCCCUUCAGACCUGCGGGGCGGCUGAUCUCACCGCCUCUGCUGCUCUCCGUUAUCCUCAACAUUCUUCUCAGUUUGGCCAUGCACAUUGUGGGCUUCAUCCUGGUACAGAAGCAGCCUUGGUAUAUCACAGAGUUUCACAGUGUCUGUCCAGUGAGAAAUGAGAGCGUCUCAGCCUUAACCACACCUCCCAAUAUUCCUGAGAAAACCAGAAGUAACAGCACCUUUGCGAGUUUUGAGAAUACUACAAUAUGGUUUUUGGGAACAAUCAACUGUAUCAUUGUGGCUCUUGUAUUCUCUAAAGGAAAACCAUUUAGGCAGCCCACCUAUACAAACUAUAUAUUUGUCCUUGUGCUGAUUUUACAGAUGGGCGUAUGUCUUUUCAUUCUAUUUGCGGAUAUCCCAGAGUUGCAUAGGCGUUUGGAUCUGCUCUGCACUCCUGUCCUGUGGAGAAUCUACAUUCUCAUCAUGAUCAGCUGCAACUUUGCUGUGUCCCUUGCUGUGGAGAAGGCCAUUAUUGAAAACCGAGCUCUGUGGAUAGCAGUCAAGAGAUGUUUUGGCUAUCAAUCAAAAAGCCAGUAUCGGAUAUGGCAGAGGAACUUGGCAGAUGAUUCAAGCUGGCCUCCACUAAACCAAACCUCCUACUCUGACAUGCAGGGGGUGUCCUACAGCAAUCCUGUGUUUGAGAGCAAUGAGGAGCAACUUUGAAGGAAAGUGAUAUCUAAACAGUUAUCAAAAUGAAGAUAAAAAGAACCUGUUUCAGAGACGUUGUUAAAGCAGUUUGACUCUUAACACUAUCGGUGAGAGUUUGGGGACUAAACUCCCAACUCCUGGUGACAAGCUAAAUUUGCUCAAGUGGAGUCUAUGGAGAACAAUGUCCUUAGAAGAUGACUUUCCUCCUGGCUUCUGAUACAUUGGUGACACCAAUUGAACGAAGAAUGGAGCAAGGGUUGCAAUGGGCCAAAAGAUUGGCCGAUAUCAGAAGGAAAACAUAUGUUCUUAGAAUAAUUCUCAAAAA